GACGGUAAUGGUUCAAUCUCAUCCAAAGAAUUGGGUGUUGCCAUGAGGACAUUAGGCCAGAAUCCAACCGAGCAAGAACUGUUGGAUAUGAUCAACGAGGUGGAUUUCGAUGGCAGUGGAAGCAUUGAAUUUCCUGAAUUUUGUCAAAUGAUGAAACGAAUGAAUAAGGUUCGUAAUAUCUCCUCAUAA